AAGUCUUGAAGAAUAACUCAUUGAUCAAUCUUCAACAAGGCACAGAGUUGGUUGUGCUGACCCUUUCAGGAGUAAUUAGGGGGCAAAACGUGCAUAUUUAUUCCCUAAACGUCAGUUUAUUGCUUUUAAUCGGACGAAAAAACAGGGCAGCUGCAAUGUGGAUUCAAGUACGCACCAUGGAUGGGAAGGAAACCCACCGAGUGGAUUCCCUGUCCAAACUCACCAAGGUGGAUGAGCUGCGUGUCAAAAUCAUGGAGCUGUUCAAGGUGGAGCCAGAGAGGCAGAGACUGUUUUAUCGUGGCAAGCAGAUGGAAGACGGCCAUACCAUAUUUGACUAUAAUGUAGGCCUCAACGACAUCGUGCAGCUGCUUAUCAGGCAGAAGGUGCCCCCUACCGGCGUCGUCAAAAGCAAGGACAAAGAAGCUGAGCUCUCUGACUCGGAUUCCGGCUGUGGUUCAACCCAGAGCGAGUCUGACAAGAACUCCACUCACGGCGAGGUCGAAGGUCAGACCGCGGGAACGUCUGCUCAGACAAACAACCCCGACGAGCUCGUCUAUCCUGGAUUUGGAUUUUACAAGAUUAACGAGCUGGUGGAUGUGAGAGACUUGAACAUGGGAGCGUGGUUCGAGGCCCAUAUUGUGGACGUUACAAAGACGCCACAAAAAGAGGGAGUUGAAAAGUCAGCUGAGGAGGAGAUCCUGUACCAUGUUAAAUACGACGACUACCCAGAGAGCGGAGUCAUUCAGGUGCUGGCCAAAGAUGUCCGCCCGAGGGCCCGUACGGUGUACCAGUGGCACCACCUGGAGCCGGGAAUGGUUGUCAUGGUCAACUAUAAUCCAGAUGACCCCAAGGAACGUGGGUACUGGUACGAUGCAGAGAUCCAGAAGAAGCGGGAGACUCGCACRCAGCGAGAGAUCUCUGCCAAGAUCAUUCUUGGCGCUGCUGGCGACUCUCUUAAUGACUGCCGGAUCAUGUUUCUGACUGAAAUCUAUAAAAUUGAGGAGCCUGGUUCAUCGAGUGACACUCCAGCUGGAAAUGAGAGUCCAUUAAAGAGAGCAAGCGGACCUGAAUGCAAGCACUGUAAGGAUGAUCUGAAGAAAAACUGUCGCUGGUGUAAUUGUCACAUCUGCGGCAUCAAGCAGGAUCCUGACAAACAGUUGCUGUGUGAUGARUGCGACAUGGCCUAUCACAUCUACUGUCUGGAUCCUCCACUUACCUCCAUCCCUGAGGAUGAAGAUUGGUAUUGCCCAGGUUGCCGCAAUGACAGCAGUGAAGUUGUCCUGGCUGGAGAGAAGCUGAAGGAAAGCAAGAAGAAGGCAAAGAUGGCUUCUGCCAGCUCCUCUAGCCAAAGAGACUGGGGCAAGGGUAUGGCAUGUGUGGGUCGAACCAAGCAGUGCACCAUCGUCCCGUCCAAUCACUAUGGCCCGAUCCCUGGUGUCCCUGUCGGCUCCCUGUGGAAGUUCAGAGUGCAGGUCAGUGAGUCCGGUGUUCACAGGCCUCAUGUCGCUGGAAUACAUGGCAGGAGCAAUGAUGGUUCCUACUCUUUAGUCCUGGCAGGAGGUUAUGAGGAUGACGUGGAUGAUGGCAAUGAGUUCACUUAUACUGGAUCAGGAGGGCGAGACCUUUCUGGAAACAAGAGAACAGCCGAGCAAUCGUGUGAUCAAACUCUGACCCACAUGAACCGGGCUCUAGCUCUCAACUGCAAUGUUCCUGUCAAUGACAAAAAUGGAGCCGAGUCCAAAAACUGGAAGGAGGGCAAACCGGUCAGAGUUGUGCGUAACUGCAAGGGACGUAAGCACAGUAAAUACUGCCCCGAGGAAGGAAACCGAUAUGACGGAAUAUACAAGGUGGUGAAGUACUGGCCUGACAAAGGGAAGUCUGGAUUCUUGGUCUGGCGGUACCUGCUGAAGCGUGAUGAUGAUGAGCCGGCUCCAUGGACCAGAGAAGGCAAGGAACGCAUCAAGAAACUUGGGCUYACCAUUCAGUACCCUGCUGGCUAUCAGAAGGAGAAAGAGAAUAAGAAUGAGGUUGAGGAGGAAGCAACACCUACCAAGGCGAAGAGGAAGAGAAAGUCUCAGGGCAGUGAAUCCUCCAAGAGCUCACCGGCUAAGUCUCCUAAGAAGGUGAAGGUGGAGGCGUACAACCUCACACAAGAGCAGAAAACACUCAUCAAGAGCGACAAGCAAAACAAAAAGCUGUGGGAUGAAGCCAUGGAGUCUCUUGCACUCGGACCGAAAUUUGUCAGCAAAGUUGAAGAAGUUUUCCUUUGCAUUUGCUGCCAAGAAGUGGUCUUUCAGCCCAUCACCACAGAAUGCCAACACAAUGUCUGCAGGGAAUGUCUUCAACGGUCGUUCAAGGCAGAGGUGUACACCUGCCCGGCCUGCAGACACGAUCUGGGCAAGAACUACUCCAUGUCCGUCAACAAAGCGCUGCAAGACAUUCUAACCCAGCUUUUCCCAGGAUACAGUAAUGGGCGAUGAUCAUUGCUUCUACUCACUCAGCCCUCAAGGAAACGCAGUGAAAACUGUAAGGGGCAUUUUCUGACGAGGCAAUAAAGAGUCCGUUUCUUUUAAUAUAUUUUCUGUGAUUAUAAAGUUACAAUACUUGUGGGCUGAAAUUCUUCAAUUUUUAUAGUCAAUUUGCCAUGUUAUACUGUUUUUGAUAAAUUGAGAAUUUCUUUGUAACUGGCUGUACCGUUACUAAAUUAACAGGAAUUUAGAUUUUUACUGUUUUGUCCUAUUAAUGAUUGCUUAUGUCCAUUAUUUAAAUUGGGCCUUCCCCCCAACUCUUUUAAAUUUGUCUACGUUUAGCCCUCGUUAAAAUAUUUACUCGAGUGGUUAAGUCACUUUCAAAAUUGUCUCAAGCUUCUUUUACACAAGACUCUUAGGUGAAUUAUUUUACGUUUUGCCAUUAUGGUGGCCACAAAUGUUUUUUUUUUAUUUUUUGGUGCUGUUAAAAAAAUUUAGAGUAGCAUUGUUGAAUUUUGUCCAAACAUGAUUAGUAGAUUGAAAUUGCACUAAAAUUACAAGAAAGCAAAGAGGUUCAGUCUGAAUAUUAUUAAAGUGUAAACCAAAUUUUACCAACAAACAGCUGGGUUUUUCUACUUCACGCAGUCUGAUAAGUGUCUUACUUAGAAACCGUGUCAUGAAACUUUGUACUGUUUUUUUUACAAUUUGUAUAAUACUUUAUUGAUUAAAUAUUCUUAAAAAUUAGAUAAGUCUUUGAAAGGCGAUUGAUUGAAAAAUAAACUAUAAGGUGACCGAUUAAAGAUUUCCUUCUUUUUUAUUUUUAAGAUUUACUUUGAAAAUAGUCCAAAGGAUGAUGCUUAACCAAGAGUAAAGUAGAAUUCCCAUAUCUCUAUAUAGCUCUCUAGAUGUUGACCCUAACGAGCUUUUUUUUGAUCGUAGAGAAUUAAUUUUGUAUCUUUGAUAAGGUUAAAAUCUAUGCUUAUUCACCUUUUCAGAAUUUGUUGAUGCCACCCAAGUUACGUUAAGUUUCUAUUAAGCCUGAAAAUGCUAAUACUGCUUAUAAAAUUUGCUAGCAUUUUAUGUGAACUGAAUUUAAAUAUAUUUUUCCCGGUUCCUAUUGUAUAAGUAAAUGUUUUGUUAAAGUUCAUUAACUGUAAUUUUUUUAAAUGCAAACAGUUCGUAUUUUAACAGACAAAUAAUUGCAUAUGCUGAAAAAUGUAUAUUUUUCUGAAAUUGUACAAUUUUCUUUAGACCUUUUUUGCAUUUGUAGUUUUAGAAUUCCUUGCACAUAUUUGCAGAAUUUUGUCAAUGCAUUUCAGUGUUAAAUAAAAAAAAUGCAUUUAAA